GAGAGAAACGGGACUCAGCUCAUCCCUCUCAAAGCGCAUGUCCCCUGCGCGCAUCACUGUGCCAUCUGGGACUGACCUAACGCUCUCUCGUGCCGUGUCACAACUUGUUUGCGUAUCCCAAACGAAGAUUUCCACCGCUUUAGAUAAGCGGUCUCUUGUAACAGAAUGCACCCACCUCCUGGCCGCCUGAACAAAUAGAGGGCGACUCUUAGAGCUUCUCCUCGUUGAUAUUUGCAUGCGAUUCAACAGCUUUUCCAGAAGGAAAGCUGGGAGAAAUCACACAGUCUUUUCCGUUAGGGUCUAAAUUACAUAGUGUUAAUUUGGCAUACAGUUGCGAUGAGGCACACUGUCAUCGGGACUGCCUUUGCAUGGAGCAACUGCACCUUCGUUCAAGUGUCCAAACGUUUAGAGAGUUGAGGCUCUCCUACUUUGGUGCACAUAUCCGUCAGCCGAUAUAUUUGAAAAUAGUGUUGCCAGUUUAUUGACACGCCUACUCGAGUAACAGGUAGAAUUUAAACUUUGUAUCCGAAUCCCGGAUUCUUUGCGCGCCUAAGCAGAUAAGCCUGCAUUCUAACAGACUCACACACGUCACCUUUUUCCUAGACCGGCCUUUACAUUCCUGACGCUUUCAUACUUGAUGCCAAGAAAGUGAAACGUAGGCUACUUUUCCAUCUGAACAACGAAUUGGGGCGCCAGUUGCGUUUUUUAAAAGCGUGUUUAAGAACUGUGACUUUUAAACCGCCAUCAGCAGGAUCAGACCCCCGGGAUCCGGUGGCUCGUCGUGUGGCUGUGUUUUUCAGCACCGCGGACAGCUCCCGCAUCGCGGCUCGGCUGCAUGCGGCUCAAACUUCAGGUGACACUCUCCUCCUUUAUUCACUCACCCUGCUCCAGUGCAGUUUACAGCCACACUGGUUUCAGCCAUUGAAAACCCAGAGACUCAACACUGCUGCGAAGAAUAUGCGCUGGGUUAACACAGUCCUUUCAUUGCACGGCAGCGCUAGAAACUGAGGAGCCCCUGCACAGGCUGUAAUCUACAAAAUCUCUGAAGAAGAGAAGUACGGAGAGGAUGGUGCUGAUGCUGUAAAUGGCCUCUGUCAGAAUAAAAACACUAGUGCUUUGAGAUCUGGUGCUGCCGUGCCUUACUGUUCUUCUCUUCAGUGCCGCAAUCAUCAAAAGCUGACCGGACACUGACCAGAAACCACAGGCGGGGCUGUAACCUUGUUUCGUCCAGGGAUAUGUCAUUGGGGAAAUCCCCUGUGUUGGGGGUGCGCCCUGUGCCCCGACCCAUCUGGCUGUCCCACCUCGGCCUGCUGUGCUUAUAUGUGUGUCUCUUUGCCCAGGCUCCCCAGGGUUUGCCUGUGGUAGGUUACAACACUGACUCCAAGGGGGAGAUCACACUGGAUGGAGAUUUGAUGCUUGGCGGCCUGUUCCCUGUGCACCAGAAGGGUGAGGGGGCAGAGGACUGUGGGAAGAUCAAUGCUCAGAGAGGGAUCCAAAGACUGGAGGCUAUGCUGUUGGCACUAGAUGAAAUCAACAAGGAUGACCGCAUCUUGCCUGGGAUCCGACUGGGAGCUCAUAUACUGGACACCUGCUCUAAGGACACCUACGCUCUGGAGCAGUCUCUGGAGUUUGUUAGGGCCUCCCUCACCAAAGUGGAUGACAGCGAGUACACAUGCCCUGAUGGCUCCUAUGCCAUCCAUGAUGAUGUCCCUCUAGCUAUCUCUGGGGCCAUAGGAGGCUCCUACAGUGAUGUCUCCAUUCAGGUGGCCAACCUACUGCGACUCUUCCAGAUCCCUCAGAUCAGCUAUGCUUCCACCAGUGCCAAGCUCAGUGACAAGACCCGCUAUGACUAUUUUGCCCGCACCGUGCCCCCUGAUUUCUACCAGGCCAAGGCCAUGGCAGAGAUCCUGCGUUACUUCAACUGGACGUACGUGUCCACAGUGGCAUCAGAAGGUGACUAUGGUGAGACUGGGAUCGAUGCCUUCCAGCAGGAGGCUCGAGCCCGCCAGAUCUGUAUCGCCACUUCAGCCAAGGUGAGCCGCUCCAUGAGCCGUUGGAGUUAUGAAAAUGUGAUCCGCUCCCUGCAGCAGAAGUCCAACGCCAAGGUGGUCAUCCUGUUCACCCGCAGCGAAGACGCCCGUGAGCUGCUGGUCGCAGCAAACCGCAUGAACGUCACCUUCACCUGGGUGGCCAGUGAUGGGUGGGGAGCGCAGGAGAGUGUGGUGAGGGGAAGUGAGGCUGUGGCAGACGGGGCAUUCACCAUUGAACUGGCCUCCUAUGAAAUCCCCCAGUUCAAUGAGUAUUUCACUGCCUUGCACCCGUACAACAACACCAGGAAUCCGUGGUUCAGAGAGUUCUGGGAAAACCAGUUCCAGUGCAGCCUUCACGAGUUGAGCUGUGGAAAGCACUCGCUCCGUGAAGUUCCGUUCCAACCUGAAUCCAAGAUCAUGUUUGUAGUGAACGCUGUCUAUGCGAUGGCUACUGCCUUACAUAACAUGAAGCAGGCCUUAUGCACCAACUCCACCAAGGUGUGUGAUGCUCUUAAACCUGGCAAUGGAAGAAAGUUUUACAGGGACUAUAUUCUAAAGGUCAAGUUUGAUGCACCAUUUCGACCACCAGACACAGACAAUGUUGUACGCUUUGACGCAUAUGGAGACAGCCUCGGCCGUUACAACAUUUUUCAUUAUCACAAAGAGGGUGGAAGCUACGUCUACCGUAAGGUAGGCUACUGGGCUCAGAGCCUGAUCCUGAACACCAGCCUGAUCCCCUGGGCUGGCCAGGUUGCCCCCACCUCCCAGUGCAGUGACCCCUGCAGGAAGAAUGAGGUGAAGAGCAUGCAGCCUGGAGAUGUGUGCUGCUGGAUCUGUAUCCCCUGUCAGUCCUACCAGUACUUGCAGGAUGAGUUCACCUGUGCUGACUGCAGCUUUGGACAGUGGCCCCUGGCCAACCUGACAGGUUGUUACGACCUGCCUGAGGAGUACAUCCACUGGGAAGAUGCCUGGGCCAUAGGACCUGUCACCAUUUCCUGUUUAGGGAUGAUGUGUACUCUCUUUGUCAUUGGCCUCUUCCUGAAACACAAUGAGACCCCCGUGGUGAAGGCCAGCGGACGCGAGCUCUCCUACAUCCUUUUGCUGGGAGUGGUGAUGUGUUAUAGCAUGACCUUCAUCUACAUUGCCAAACCUUCUACAGCAGUGUGUACACUGCGCCGACUAGGCUUAGGCACCUCGUUUGCUGUGUGCUACUCAGCCUUGCUAACCAAGACCAAUCGCAUCGCUCGGAUCUUCAGUGGGGUGAAGGACGGGGCGCAGCGGCCUCGAUUUAUCAGUCCAGCCUCCCAGGUUGCCAUCUGCGGUGCUCUGAUCUCGUGCCAGCUGGUAGUGGUGGUGGUAUGGCUGCUGGUGGAGGCCCCAGGGGUGAGAAAGGAAGUGGGUCCGGAGAGGAGAGACGUGGUCACCCUCAAGUGUAACAGCAAGGACUCCAGCAUGCUCCUGUCUCUCACCUACAACUGCAUUCUCAUUAUUCUCUGCACAGUCUACGCCUUCAAGACUCGCAAAUGCCCAGAGAACUUCAACGAGGCCAAGUUCAUUGGGUUCACCAUGUACACCACCUGCAUCAUCUGGCUGGCGUUCCAGCCCAUUUUCUAUGUCACUGCCAGUGACUACAGGGUGCAGACCACCACCAUGUGCAUCUCGGUCAGCCUGAGUGGGUCGGUGGUGCUGGGCUGCCUCUUUGCUCCCAAGGUCCACAUCAUCCUGUUCCAGCCGCAGAAGAACGUCUGCACCCAUAGGGUGGCCACUACCCGCUUCAGUGUCACCACUGGCCCAGGCUCCAGCUUCUCUCAAGCAUCCGCCUCCAACGUUGUUCCAACAGUGUGUAAUGGGCGAGAGGUGGUGGACUCCACAACAUCCUCCUUGUGAAGAUCGGCCACCGGGCAAUGUAAACACAGUUAUAUAACCACUAGUCCGGAAUCAGGUGUCUCAGAUAUUAAAGAGGUCACACAGACGAUUGUCCUGACUUUGUUGUCCUCAAAGUGCUGUGAGUAAAAUGUACCAAUUGUUUUAUUUCGUUUUUUGACUCAAAUAAGGUGCCAAUAAAGCUGCAUAUAGCCCAUGUUUUUAUUGAAGAAUCUUUAAACAAUGGAGUCAAUUAUAGUAAAUCUGU